UUCUCCUUUUGCCCAAACUCACCCAGUGAGCUGGAGCAUUUCAGAAGAUUCCUCUGCCAAGAAGACCGAAGGAAAGGAGAAGAAACAGGGGCCAAAAGCCAAAAUGAAAUUUAUAGUACUUGCUGUCACCGUUGGACUAACUUUGCUGCUAGGAGUCCAAGCCAUGCCUGCAAAUCGCCUCUCUUGCUACAGAAAGAUACUAAAAGAUCACAACUGUCACAAUCUUCCAGAAGGAGUAGCAGACCUGACAAAGAUUGAUGUAAACGUCCAGGAUGACUUCUGGGAUGGGAAGGGAUGUGAAAUGAUCUGUUACUGCAACUUCAGUGAAUUGCUCUGCUGCCCAAAAGAUGUCUUCUUUGGACCAAAGAUCUCUUUUGUGAUUCCUUGCAACAAUCACUGAGAAUUGUCCUGUAUUCCAGACAACACCAUCCUUAAUUCCUCCAAAACUGCCCUAUAACAGUGUAGCUGUAUUUCUGGUUUCUAUGCAGUGAAAUAAAGCACAGAUUCUAUAAAUUCUUACUUGUCUAAGUAAACUUGUAUUAAAUAAGUAGUAAUAAAAAUUCAAUUUAAUUU